AUGGUGCCUAGAUACGAGCUCGUGACAUACAGCUGCCUCCACUUCACCAUCUACUCGGUUUCUGACACACCUUCACCAAUCCCCGACGACGAUAGCCUUUUUGGACUCUGGACCAAGCCGACCGUCAAAUACCGGCACAAUAACUGGAGAUGCGCGCGCCCCGAGUGCCAGAAUAUUCAAGACUGGCCAACUCGAAUAGACGCCGCAGUCCAAAACAUCAGGCAAUACCUCGAGUCGACAUCAGAGCAGUACGAGAACGUGGGCUACGAGUAUCAUGGUAUUCAUGUUGCCAUCAAGGCGCACUGGUCGCGACCCGAUAUUAAAUACAUCUCAUUAGCGCACGAGCAGUUUGGAAUCCGCACUUGCGACUGGUGGGACGAUCCCUUCUUCGAUAGGUGGCACGAAAUUUGUGACCUGCUAGGGGAAAUACAAGGCUUCAUCACCGAAGGACUCGACGACAGCGCCAUUAUGUCAGUCGCUAAUAGGAUCAACAAGUGUCGAGGACUCCUUGGCCGGAUUGAGCGCCGAAUGCAAAAGCUCAUGUUGGGCGUCAAGCAAUUGAAGCAGAAUGAGGAUGAUUACGGUCCAUGGGCUAGGAGUGUACAGAAGCCAGCGAGUGCCAGCAAGAAGGAGGGCCCUAUGCAGCCCACGGCGAUGCUCGCCUCAAUAGUGUUAGAGAAGUGGAUGAAAAGACAGGCGGGAUUUUUGGACUAUUUCCAACUACGCGAUGCGGACAGAGUUGAUGGAUGA